AUGAAGACCUCCUUCUGCGCUGCUGCUGGAUUUGUCAUUGCCGCUGGGCUCAUGUCUGCGGUGCAGGUUUGCGGCGUCGUCACUGUGCAGCAACAAAUCACCUUGUAUAACCCCGAGGACUUCGUGUUCAGCCUCGGCGGUCCUGAGCCCGAUGCCCUGGUGGACGGCUUCCAGCUCCGUACCGCCGUCGUCAACCAGCUCCCGGCUCUGGACGGACAAGGCAUCUCGAUGGGCCUUGUGAACCUCGACCCGUGCGCCAUCAACCUGCCUCACAUCCACCCGCGUGCCACGGAGAUGGUGUACGUGAUCAAGGGCGAGCAACUCCGGGUGGCGUUCGUAGAGGAGAACGGUGGCGAGGGGGCUGUGGUCAAUGACCUUGCCCAGGGGGACGUGGCUUUCUUCCCUCAGGGGCUAAUCCACUACCAGCAGAACCUUGACUGCGAGCCGGCAACGUUCCUGGCCGCGCUGAACAACGAAGACCCCGGUGCCAUUACGAUCACGACUCGGUUCUUCGAGCUGCCGUUGGAGGCCAUCCAGGCUUCGGUGAACUUCGAAGAGCCCGUUCUCCAGAAUCUGAUCGAGUCGCUCCCCGAUGCACCGGCGGCGGCUCGCCAGCAGUGCCUUCAGAGGUGUCGCAUGGCUGAGCCGGGCAACCAUUUCAGCUACGACUACACCUACGACGUGGACAGCGGGGACGAGUACUAAAACAAUAUUGGACAAUGUUGCCUGCUGUUCCUGUGAACGUGGUUUGCUCGCGGACUCUCGGCCCGAGCCAUCAGCCAGGGGUGAUGGUCGGGUGGGUGCGUGGGUGCAGGUGCACUUGCGUAUCGUAUCCAUUCUUUUGAGGCAUAUACGUGUAGUAUAGUGAAGUAUGUUGAAAGGUCUCGAGGUGAAAUGCACUGCGGUGUUCAUUUUCUGGUGUUCGUUGACUUCCGGCUUGAAACUCACUCUGUGCAUAACGGGACGCUCCGAAUGCCCAUCGUUGGCGAGGUGUAUGUGUUCUGUUCGAAGGCGAAGUCUUCAAUCAAACCAACUCAGGCGUGUUGUGAGCGUGGGUACAAUUUCACCGUCGUAGGCUGUUGCGCCCUUGCAGGGCGUAUUUUUUCGUUCGUCUGUUGCGUUAUGAGUUGAACAAGCUCUUCCAGCUGAGAAUAUUAUGCAGUGUUGUGAGGCCCGUGCUUGUCGUUCUCUCAAAGAGGUGGGGUACACGCAACCAUCCUCUGCGAGCCAGUAAUCGAUUACUUCAACUGGUGAUUUUGUGCGGCACCUUGGGUGCCUGUUUGUGUGUGAUGGAGAGUUUGGACGCCAACAUGCCAUGCCCGGGGUAUGUGAACAGAUAGUACAGAAUGAAGGUAGGGGUAUUGUCGCUGAGGUAAUCGCAUCGGGACACCCCUCUGUUGCCGUCGGCGAUACGGAGUCGUGUGGUAUUCCCUUCGGGAAAACGCGUCUUGAUUUUGUCGUCAAGAUUUCACUCGUACUGUGUGGUUGUCAUAUCCGGUGGCAUUUUUGCCGGACGCAUGCAGUUGGCGUUCCCGUCCUUGGGCUUGGUGUCGACAAUGGCGAUCGGUCUAUAGUCAAUAAUCUACCCAAUGCGUAGAACUCUUGAAAACUCCGUAGCACUUGGGACA